GCUGCAUGACCCCUGACCUUCAGUCCAGACAGUGCUGAUUGGCCUUGUGCUGAUCGCAUGCACCUUCUCAAAAACAAAAGCACUUUCUAGCAAUACAUACCAAACUGAGCAUGUGCAGAGUGCCUCCUAGGGCUCUGUACUGUCAGCAGAUGGACUGGGGACUGUGGAAGAAGAGGAGGAUCAGAGAAGACAGGAUCAAACAACCUUUUUACACAAUGCAGCAGAUUAACCCCUUAGGUUCUACAUUGAGUAUAACAAGCAUGCUUUACUGCAUAUACAGACUGAUUUUACUGUUGUGGGUUUAG